AGGUAAUUUUCCGACUUCAUUUGCGCGCAGGCAUGACAGAAAUUAAUUGCAAUUACAAUUACACGCCAGCGCCGCAUGCGGUCGUUUUCGGUGACAGGAUUAAUUUACCAUUUUUCCAACGAAUCGCGUCGUCUGGCCUUCGGGGAGGCGGCUCCCAUCUAGGGUGCAGGGUUGAAGCGUUGCGUUCAAGAGCGGUCCAACUCGUCUGCGACAACCCUUUAUUGGAGCAAUCAUUAAUGAUCGGAAGAUAUCAUAAAAUGAUGGCAGCCCAUGCCGAAGAUGUCAUUUGCAUCAUAAUUUAUGAGUUACUACUGUUACCUGUAGACCUAACGGAACGGUGACUGGGGCUAACUGCGCGUCUGGUUCACUUUCCAUUUUCCCUAAAACAGACAGGGGGAAAAAACGGCAUAGCCCGUUCGGCACAGGCUUCUCAUCAGUAUGUCAGGCACAUACUUUUGCGCAAAACCGCGGGUGAGGCAUUCCAAUUUUGCGUAUUAUCUGCACCAUUUCUGGGCUGACCGCAAGGUCCGUUUUGGUUGCUGAUUGGUUAAGAUUGGACAUUGUGCCCAACCUCUUGCGGCCAGGCUGGGGGCAAAUUCCCCAGUGGGACGUACGUCCCCCUCAAGGUAGCCGUGCGCUCUGAUAAUGAUGCCCAAACACAUUUAACAAAUCUUCGCUACAGAUUAGAUAUCCUCCCUUCGGGCGGACGAUCGUGUCAUUUGCUGCACGCAAAAAUUCCUCUCGGAAUCACAAACGCAGCACAGACACACACACACACCGUUAAAGCGAUGCAGCCCACCCGAUAUCCUUAAACUGUGCGCGGGCAAACAUUGCUGUGUAAUGAUGCUGAUUAUUUGAAAAUCAUACAGCAGUUAGCUAGUUUUCUAAUUAACUGCACUCGUGCCACGCGCGGCUCGUGCCAACUGGACACUGCACCAUUUCCUUAAUAGGAGCCUCCCUGUUUUUGUUUUGCUGUAGCUUCCACGGCAAUCGACACAACCAUGACCAACCCUAAUGCGGCAUAAUUAUCCGAGGAUCCAUUCACGCAACCACGCGUGAUGUGCAUCAAACGCGAAUAGCCGCAUCGGAAGCCGCUGUGGUUGGCAUUCCUUGGUCGACCGAUGCCCGCUGAUUGGAGAAAUAGUUCACGGCGCGUUCUCGUACGGUCAGGAUGUUCGUUCUGUUGGUUGGUGCGCUGCUGCUGGCACUUUUACCGUCCAGUGUUGACGGCAUCGUGUACGUGCGGAUAAGGAACGAGCGUGGACCAACGGCAGCCCGCGCCGGCAUCCAGUGUCUCGAGCUGCUGAGCCAUACCUACUUUCAUAUGCGCGAAACGACGCAGAUUGAGAACAUCGUCAUCUUUUACCUGCAAAACCUGAGCUCCCCGGCCCGGGAGAUCCUGCUCGGAUAUCUGCAGCUGCAUCACACCGGUUACGACAUCCACGAGGACGACGAUGAUGAUGAUGAAGACGACGAACCAGAGUCCCAGUUUCAGCUGAAGCUCAUGUCCGACUCGGUGUCGUCCGACGACUUGCGAAGGGCACAGUUCAUGGACCACAAGCAGAUCGACUACUACGUCAUCGUGAUUGACAGCUUCGAGGGUUUGCAGCGUGCGCUGGACCGCAUCAGCGCGACGGCGGCCUUCAAUCCGCGCGGCAAGUUCGUCGUGCUGUACAACAAUCCGAACGAUCGUGACUCCAACGCCCGGCUGGCGAACCGGGCCCUCGGCCACCUGUUCGUUGGCCACCACUCGGUGAACGUGCUGUUCGCGUUCGCCAUCGACGCCACCAGCUACCACGUGUACACGGGCGAUCCGUACCACGGCGCUACCGACUGUGGCCAGAUGAAAGCGCUCAAGGUGGCCACGGUCGUGAACGGGAGCUUCGCGAGCCGUGCACUUUCCACCGCCAUGAUCAACAUCCCGAAGGUGCCGCCGGAGCUGGAAUCCUGCACGUUUCUGCUCUGCACCCGCGUCGCGCCGCCCUUCAUCGAUCUCGACUGCAGCCGCGGGCUGGAGCUGCAAAUAAUGGAUCUGUUGCGCGAGUCGAUGAAGUUCAAGGUGAACGUUUCGUGCAGCACGAUGGACCGCGGCGAGCUCGAGCCGGACGGGAGCUGGAGCGAUCUGCUCGGGCUGAUGCGGGCGGACGAGUGUGACAUCAUUGCCGGCGGUUUCAGUCCCGACUUUGACGUGCACGACGCGUUCGGCUCGACCACGCUGUACCUGCAGGACUACUACACCUGGUUCGUGCCGGCGGCCGGCCCCGACGCCCGCUGGAAGCUGCUGGUGUACAUCUUCGAGCCGACCACCUGGGAGGCGUUCGCGGGCGUGCUGUUCGUGUCGGCGCUGGUGUGGCGGCUAGUUGCGCACUAUCUGCCCGAGCUGGCCGCCCAUCGGGAGCUAUCGAUGUGCUUUCUGAACACCUGGAGCGUGUUUCUGUGCAUUUCGGCCAACAAUCGGCCGGAGUGUAAUGCGCUGCGGCUGCUGUUUAUGGGACUGACGCUGUAUGCGCUCAACGUGACGACGAUCUACACGAGCAUCUUAAUCACGAUGCUCACCAAUCCGCCGCUCGCCUACCAGAUGGACACGAUCGAGGAGAUCCUGGCGAGCGGUGUCCCGAUCGGUGGCCGGCUCGACAGUGAGGAUUGGUUCAUAAACGACUUUGCGGACGAUCGGCUUGUAUCGGAGCAGUACAACGCUACCUCCGAGUUUCAGCCCUCGCUCGAUAAUCUGCAAGCCGUAGUCGAAGGCAAACGAUCACUACUGAUGAGCCGACUGUACGUGCGCAACACCAAGUACAACGGGCUGGUGCACGGGUUGUCGCGGGACGUGUUGGUGACGCAGAUCGAGAUGAUAAUGGAGAAGGGAUUCCCGCUGCUGCCGAAGUUCAACCGCAUCCUGUCCAAUCUGAUCGACAUGGGCAUCAUGCAGAAGCUGUGGAGCGACUUCCUGUACAACGUCACGAUACUGGAUCGGAUCCGGGCGCACAGGGCACUGAGCGAGGCGGACAUUAUAGCCGCCUCGCCCGAGGUUGUGCUGACGCUGGAUCAUUUGCAAAGUGCGUUUGCGCUGUACGGGAUUGGGAUGUGCUUGUGUGUGGUGGUGUUUCUGUUGGAGUUGCUGUCCAAAACGCGCUGGAUUGGGAAGGGGCGCGUUGUGUUGGAGAAGCGAUGGGAUGCGUUGCUGGUACGGUUGCAGCUGAAGGAACGCACGGCUAGGGAGAUGACGAUUCGGCCAAGGAAGAUGGUGAGAUUCAGGAAGGUUUUGAAGUAGUGGCUGUCGAUUUGCCAUGGUUGAUAGCGACACUCUAACGCGUAUCGAUAGCAAGAUCUUAGAAUAGGUGAUAAAUACUAUAAAUCUAUUUUAAAAAAAUGCAUUGGCAAGUCAACACAAGUACUAAUGUGCUGGGUAAUAGUAAUUGUUAGUUAGUUAACACCAAGCGGUUACACAA